AUGGAAAAUUCAAGUUAUGAUAUUCAGAAAGUGUAUAAAGAAAUUAGUACGAUUAAUAACUAUUUUAGUGAGUAUGAGGCAGUAAGUGGAGUAAUAGUUCAAAGAAAUAAUAAAUUAAUCGACGAAUAUUGUCAUUACGGAAAAAACUCAGGAAAUGGUAAUUGCAAUAAUGAUUAUUUUCGAAAGGCUAGUUCUGGUGUUAUUUAUUUGCUAAAAAAUUUAAAGGAUAAAUGUGAUUUAGAAUAUGAUAAAAUUGCCGAAUACGCCAUUUUAUGGUUAAGUUAUAAACUAAAUAUAAAGCCAACAAAUAAAUUGACGGAUCUAAAUAAAUUUUAUACUAGUUAUAUAGUAAAUAAUAACUGUUAUAAUGAGAAAAUAAAAGGUGAUGAUAGUACAACUUAUAAGGAUAUUAUAGAUAAAAAAAAUUUGAUGGAUAAUAAUGAAAUAUCUAAAUUUAAUGCCCUAUUUAGUAUAUUAUUUUUAUUGUAUAGUGAAAUUAAAAACAACAAUUUGAAUUGCAAAAAAUAUUCGAGUUAUCCUAAAACGUUUGCUAAUAAAUUUGAAGAACUCAAUAAAGAUUCUAAGAAUAUAGAAGGCAGUCUAUAUACUCAAAUAUUGUCUACAUUAUCAAAUGAUUAUGAUAAUUUAAAAAAUAAAUACGGUAAAAAUAUAUCUUGCAAUUUUCCAUCUCUUCCACAAAUAGAACCUAAAAAAAGUUCUUCACAAAAUAUUGUAGUAAAUCCUGGACGUAAUUCUUUAGAAAGUUCUGGAAAAGGUUUUGGCCAAAUGUUAGGGGAGACACCUGAAGGUACACCAUCAAGUUCGUCGAUAUUAAACACAGUAAUUCCAAGUUUAACGACAUUUUCUGUAAUACCAGUUUUCUUGGGAGUUGCUUAUAAGUAUUCAUUAUUUGGAAUUGAUAAACUAUUUCAAAGACAAUAUAUAAGAAAAAAAUUAAAUCAAGUAAAGAAGAAAAUGAAAGUUAAUAUAUGA